GAGGGAGCGCGGGGCGCAGGGCCGGACCGGGCCGGCCGCGGGGGACCGCGCUGCGGGUCGCCGGCAGGGCCAAGCCGGACCGGGGGCAGUGUGGCGGCGUAGCCGCGGUCGCCGGGACUCGCCGAGGGGGCGUCUGGCGCGACCGAGAGAACGGGCGAGACUCGGCGGAGCGUUGUCCAGCUGGGCGCCCGGGCCGCCGCGACCUCCGGUUCUCGGGGGACUUGGCAGAGGAGACCCGCCUGCGGGAGGGAGCGAGAGGAACAGGAUCUUCAAGCUCAAAAGGUGCUGAAGAACUGAGCCCCCUGCCCACUGAGGCCACCACCCAAGGCCAGGUGGGGCCAUGGCAGGGCAUGGCUGUCUGGGGCUGUUCUGCUGGGUCCUGCUUGCCGUUCCUGUGGGCCCCCAGCCUGUCUCCUCCGUCUCGGGUGUCCCUCUCACCACUUUGACCCCACCACCUCGGAGUGAGGCCUCUAUGCUGUCUCUCAACCUGGGACUUAACUUCAAAUUCCACCUUCGGGGACCUGCUGCUGCCUGGGGGAUCUCUGUCACAGAGACCCAGCCGCUCUCUCCUGGGCCCAGCCGGGAGCCAGAGGAAGAGGUGGCCAGGGGGCUGAGGACCGACCCCAUUUGGGAACUGCUGGUGGGCUCCCUUGGGAACUCCCCCCCGGAGUGGGGCUCUGCUGAAGGCAGCUCUACGCCCUGGGCCUCCUCCCAGUCUCCAGAGUCCACAUUCCCCCUUUCUGGGCCCACUGACCGGCCCACUGCUCCCUAUCAGCCCGGGAUGGGCACUGUCACCUGGGACACUGCUCUGACAGCUACGGCACCUCCAUCCAGUGCUCCCAGGCUCCACCAGAGCGAGCUGGAGCUGAAGUUUGACAUGGCACUGAGAGCAGGCGCAGCCCCCACGCUCGGGCAUCGAACGCUGCCCCUGCUGCCCAGCCUGCGGGCCAGCCUGGCAGAGAUUGCUGGGCGCCUGGGACCCUUUGGGUUCUUCGGCACUACUCUGUCCCCGCUGCGGAACUUCUCAGGCCCAAGCCCUCUAGGCCCCACUCGAUCCCCAAGCUCUGCCUCUAGAGUUUCCGAUUCUCCAGGGUUCUUUGGCACCACUGUGUCCCCACCCCCAACCCCCCUGGAGGGAAAGCUCCCAAGCUCAGGCCCUUUGGACCCAGCUGCUUCCCUAAGGUCUGUCACGGUCGCAACAGCAUCACUAGAUGCACCUCCAGAGCCUACCUCUCUGACCCCGCAACCUUGGCGCCAAGAUGUGAUGGCCACCAUGACCCACAGGGCAGAGAGCACUCUCAGGCUCCGGACCUCUCUUUUGAAUUGGGUCCCCUUCACCUUGGACAGAACCAGCAUGCAGCUGGAAGAAGUUGUGCAGGUCAUUAACAUAUCGCAAGACUUUCCUACCAGUUGAUAAGUACCCACUGGGCUUAGCCCCCUGAGCACUCGCUCCCCUCCACUCCCCGGACACCCUGGCCGACAUCUGUUCUGAUUGGCUGCCACCUGUGCCCUUUACAGUUGUCCAGUAUUUCAAAUGCCAGCGACCCUUACAAAGAGGAUCAAUCUUCUAUGAUCCGAGAGGUGGGGGUGGGGAGAGGACUGGGGCCAGGCCGCUGAAUGGACCACAGCUUCUAUUGGGAGAGAGAGAUUCCCCAGCCCUUUGAUCUGGGCAGCUGGUAGAUAAUCAGGCCUGACUUUUCCAUAAAUCGAGCAGGCCCCUCUCCCUGACUCCAUCCCAGCCAGCUGCGACCUUACCAAUUACUCACAUUGACAUCCUAUCUCCUUUCUUGCCCCUGAGGUCAAGAGGGGCCACAGGGCCAGAGUGGGACUACCUUGUAAGAGAGGGCUCCUCCAGAGAGGGAUCUAGGAAGUCACUAUCUUCUGGACUCCUCUGGGGGAGACUGAGGGCUCUUUCUGGGCAAGCCUCAAGUGGGAAAACAGGGGAUGAGCUCAAAUGGACUCUCCAAAGACAGAAGCUGGGUAUUCUCUGCCUGUCCCUGCCUACAACAUGGCCCAACCCCGGGUACACAGGGUAUGCCCAGUCUCCCAAGGAAGGAAUGCUCCUAGUUCAGAACUCCCUCCUCUGACACCUGAGCUACGCCUACACUUUGCCUGUUUUCUGCUUUUGAUUUUCUUCUGGCUUCUCAGUAAUGUUCGAUACUUGCUCUCCUUGCCACAGUGCUUUGGGACAGAGGUGACAGAUGGGGUUUCUUUUGGCCCUUGGGUAAGAAGUGGAGCCUAGAGGAAGGUGAGGUAGGACAGACCUCUGAGAGCUGUACUUGUCUGCACAGUGAGCAAAGAGGAGGCCGUGAGGGGUGCCAGGCUGGCUCAGGCUGUGGGGCUCCCGGGCACAGUCUCAUUGCCUUUCUGCAGAGCCUGCUAAAGCCGAGGAAACGCCAGGCGACCUCAUCCACUUUCCAGAAGUGGUUGGGCGAGAGCAUCUGAGAGGACGAAGGAAGGGGGUUGAAGGAGGAGGUGCAAGUAUUUGAACCUGUUCAUGUGGGACUGAUGCCUACCCCUGAGGAGCAAGCCAUCCCAGCUGAAUGGUUCCCCUUCUAAUUCCUGUCUGUGUCUUCAUUAGGCACUCAGGGGUGGUCAGUCCAUCCAAAUGGUGUUCUUCAGAUAGGGUUCGCACAGUGAAACGAUGUGUUGAUGUUUGCUCAUUUGACUAACGGUGGUCUUCCUAAGCAAGUUUAGGACGUGCUGAGAGACAGCAGCCUUUCGUUAGUUAAAUCAAGAACUAGUUUGAGGCCAGAAAUGGUCAUACUCCCGCGGACACAAACCGAUGACUGAUCGGUGAUAAACAUUAGCUGAUAAUGAUGAUACCAACAACGAUCACAUCUCGAAUGCUUAUUAUGCACCAGGCACUCGGAGGAGCUUUGGACACGUCGUCCAUUUAUCCUCCUAACAGCCUUAUGCAAUAGGUGCUCUUCCCCAAUUCAGACUUGAGGAAUGUGAUGGAACAGGAACCAGGGCACAUACUGCCAUUUGCAGUAGGCAGCAAGCUGUGUAUAUUUAAUUUUUGGCUGCUCCCUCUCUGCCCUCCCCAGUUGUCUGAUUCUAUCUUCCCCUCCUCUCUCUCCAGAGCUGCUUUCUGCCCCCCUCACUCCUUUUCCUUGUCCUCAGGAUUGCUGUGUUUUGCAUGUUCCCAGCCUGAGCUGGCAGUGCCUGGGGGUGGGAGUGCACCUGGGGUCUUCCUAUAUUGUACAGCUGGGGCAAGGCUGGAGCACGGCCAGGCUGCUGGGGCAGGGGUCUGGCUGUCAGAAGACCUGCCCUCCCUCAUUCUGCAUCUGCCUCCUGUGCACCUUCCCCUCCUCACCAGGGUGUCUCCAUCCUUCACCACCAUGUUUCUCCCUCCAUAGUGUUUGCAGCUGCCGUCUGCUGAGCUUGCUAGGUGGAGUAGGGAGAGGUUCAGCCUGAAGCAUCUUCUUUUGCUGCUUGGCCGUGGGAAGAAUCCUUGGAUCUCUUUCCAACUCUUCUCUUGCUCCAGGAAAGUAAAUUAGGGAUCUUACUCCUCACCCUCUUUGACUGGACAUCCCUUUCCCCAGGGAGGGUGGGGAAGGUGUUGGUGCACCGAGUGGGGCUAGGGGCCUAAGUUAGCAAACCCUAGGGCACCUGAGGGGCUCACUCACGAAGAUGGCACCUUAUCCCACUAUGAUCUUCCCAGUGGUUCCUUCCUGGGAGUUCAAGGGUAGCCUUGAGACCCCCCGGGGAGUCCAUCUCAAUGUCACCUAUAAAAUGGAGAACUGAAGUGGCUUAUAUAUUAAGAGUCUUAGACCAAUGGCUUUGUGAUUGAGUCAGGAUGGGGACGAUGGCCAUGAGUAAGCCAAGGGUUGGGGGUGUGGCAGACAGGAAGGCCUGUGGAUGGGAAAGGUUGUGUUCUCCUCAGGUGCUGGGGACGGGAAUGUCUUACCUCUCCCCCUGCUGCCUGCAUGCAUGUGUGUGUAGGGGCUAUUCCUGAAGAGACAGAAAGGGGGAGGCAGUUGAAAAGGGGCAAGGGAAGCUUCUCUUAGCACCAAGGUGGGAGUUGGGAGUCAGGGGCACAGAAUAAGAGGUAAGCAAAUCAGUGUCAUGAAAAAGCUCUGGAAUCACGAGAAGAGGCUCAGACUGGUGCUUCAAUCUG